UGUGUUAAUGACCACUGCUGAUUUUGUGAUCUUGUUCAAUAAAGUUUCUGUGAAAUGACCUGCCAUUGUCAUCAUCCGGGCAUUUACAUACGUCACGACGCGCAUGCGCACUCUUCUACUGUGUUUCGACCUCUGCAGUCGGGAGACCCGGGCUUCAACUAGAUUCGACCGAACCGGUUAAAACAUCCUAAAAUAGAAAAUGUACGCCUGUGCAAAGUUCGUCUCCACGCCGGCUCUGGUCCGUGCUGGUUCCCGGGCUCUUUACAGACCCCUCUCUGCCUCAGUGCUGUCCAGGCCUGAGCUCAAAACAGAGAGCAGUGUUGCUGUGAUGCCACAGAGCCCCCUCACCCAGGCCACACUGAGGGGCUUUCAGACCAGCGCUAUCAGCAGGGACAUUGACACUGCUGCCAAGUUCAUCGGAGCUGGAGCUGCCACAGUCGGCGUAGCUGGAUCUGGUGCUGGAAUUGGGACCGUGUUCGGCAGUCUCAUUAUUGGCUAUGCUAGGAACCCAUCCCUGAAGCAGCAGCUGUUCUCAUAUGCCAUCCUGGGAUUUGCCCUGUCUGAAGCCAUGGGACUGUUCUGUUUGAUGGUUGCUUUCCUCAUCCUGUUUGCUAUGUAAAACUCUGCUGUCAUUCAACACUUUCAUUACAGAUGUGACUACAUAUUUUAUUGUGGCUACCAAGUGUUCCGUGUUGGUGUCAUGGAAAUGUACAUUUUCAAGACUUUCAGACACUCUUGAUACGCAAAGCAUGUAUUGUACAAAUGUAAGAAAUUACGCAAUUAAAAUACAUGUAUUUGACUAUUUAACAAUGGCGCUAAAGUCUAUGUCUGAAAUAUAACCUUUCGUGAAUGUCAUCUUUUCUGUGAAGCAGCUGCAUUGGCUUGCCUUAGGUUAGCCUUGUUAUCUUAGCACAUCACAUAAGAUUUCUGGGUUCCACCUGAAUUUAAUCUUGGUUUAAAUGCAGUUAAAUGGUACUGUAAUUAGGCAGCAAGUCAGUGCUUGCUUUUGUAAAUGGCUUUAAAUAAAUCUAGAGGAUUUAAUUGA